AAUUCGCAAUAAAUUUUCGUAGCUGAAAUAUACAUAUAAUAGUUAUAAAUGUUGUAAAAUUUUCUUUAAAUUUUAUUCAGCAACAAAUUUUUAACAAAAAUUGUAUUAAGAAGAUAAUUAAUUUUUUUUUGCAUUAAAUUUAUGAAGAGCCUCUAGUUAAAUUGUUCCUAUUUUAUACAUACAUGCAUAUAAUACCUAAUAUAUACACUAUAUCACGAUAUAGAGACAAGUACCUAUCGUAUUCUUUUUUAAAUGUGCAAAUAGACAGAAGUGUCAGUUUGUGAAUGUGUGUGUCAUUCCAAAAUCCUUAUAAGAAAAAAAAAAUUAAUUUUUUUUUAUUUUUAGAAAGAGUACGUACAUAUUUACAUAUUUUAAAUUGAAAAAUAUAAAUUGUUAUUGCGUUAAAUGAACUUUAAACAAUAUUAAUUAAAAAAAAAGUUUUUUGAAAAAGUUUAUUCGACAAAAUUGAAAAAUUUUUCUGUACGCAAGAGUUCAGGCUUGAAAAUUUUUAAAAGGAAAUAUUAAAUAAAGGUGGAUAUCGAAGUGGGUAGGAGGGGUUUGAAUAAUGAGUCGUCAUGAAGGGGUCAGCUGCGAUUCAUGUCUAAAAAGCAAUUUUACUGGCCGUAGAUAUAAAUGUUUAAUAUGUUAUGAUUACGAUUUAUGCGCUGAUUGUUAUGAAGAAGGAGCUACAAGUACCAGACAUUCAGUUGAUCAUCCAAUGCAAUGUAUUUUGACUCGCUCAGAUAUAGAACUCUAUUUUGGUGGAGAGUUACUGAAUUCGGAACAACCGCAAAGUUUUACUUGUCCUUAUUGUAAAAAAAUGGGAUUCAGUGACUCAACAUUGUUGGAACAUGUUAGUGCCGAACAUACUGAUACUGGUUUAGAAGUUGUUUGUCCAGUAUGUGCUGGUUUACCAGGCGGCGAACCAAAUCUAGUCACAGAUGAUUUUGCAGGUCAUUUGACAUUGGAGCAUAGAACGGGACCGCGGGAUCUGAUUUCAUUUUUAGACGAACCAUCUGCUAUACGCCAUGGAGGAGUACGCCGCAUACCAGGCAGAGCUUUGGGUGGUCCGAGAUCUCGCCGGUCAAAUAUGCAUUUCAGUUCAUCUAGCGGUUUAUCAGCUCUUUCACCAUCUGGCCGAGAGUCAGUAGAUCCAAUUGCUGAACUUUUAUCGCAGCUGUCUGGUGUCAGAAGAGGAGCUCCACAAACUUCACAAUUACAGCAAUUACAAAUGCAAAUACAAUUAGAAAGGCAGCAGGUUUCUGCUUCACGCCAACAAUUGGAAAGAUUACCACGACGCCAAGCUCAUCCAAUGUCAACUUCAAAUGUAAAUGCUGCAAUGCAAGAAACCAUAUCUGGUGUUGCAGGUGGCUCUAAUUUAUCCACCUCAUCUUCAAAUCAGCAACACCAGUCUAAUAUAGGUGUUAAUUCUAUUAAUAAUCGGGAAAGCGCUGGAUUAAAUUCAUCGCAACUAACUGCAACAAAUUUAGGUUUGUCAACAGGUUUUCAAAAUAAUAGCGGGGGAUUGCCAACUAGUGCUGGUGAUUCACAAUCCCAAUUCUUAUUAGCAAAAUAUAUGACUCCAUCCUUAAAUGAGGAUGAGUUGGAACUUUUAGAAAAGCAUCGUGCUGAUAGAUCUCAAUUUGUCCAAGCUCUGAUGUUAUCUACUUUGUCAAAUAUUUCGUUAGAUGAACGCAACGAUGGACAAGAGCGUGGAGAGUCGCAGGAAAGUAAUAGCGGUGAUACUGUAAAUAGUGAGGCAAAUAAUGAAAGUAGUGAUGAUGCGAAUAAUACUACCGAAUAUAUUAACACAAAAGAUGAAAAAAAUCAAAAUCUUAAAGGUAUCAGUGGUAGCGGUGGUAAUAGCACCGGGCUAGGUGAUUUUCAGCAGCACGCCCGCAUGCAAGUGAACCAACAACAACAAACUUCUCCAGAAGAUUUUGUUGAUGAAUAUUCCUUGCAGCAACAAACCUAUAACAACGCAAAUACGGUUAAUAAAAAAAAACUACCUACAGCCGGUAAAUCACCAUCAUCUUCUUCAGUAGUUUUAGAACGUCGUGGGCGUUCAUUGCCAACAGCUGGUUUAGGUGCGAUUGGUGGGGGCGUUGGUGUUGGUGGCGGAGGUGGAGCCCAAGGCCAACAACAACAAUCACAAGUUAAAAUAAACCGUGAAAUGAAAGUGGUUGCAGCAACAGCUGCUAAUGCCGCGGCUUCAAAAGAAAUUCCUGAUUCUAGGUAGUGCAGUUUUGUUGUUUAUGUUUUGUAUAUUUAUUAGUUUCAACUAUUUUCAACUAUUUGGUUUUUUUUUUGAUGAUUGAUCUGUUUUAAUUUUGUCUGUCGAGUAAAUAAAAAUUAAAUUUAUAAUUAAAAACAAACUUAAAUAUGAUUAUAAAAUAUUAAAUAUACAUAUAUUAUUUAAAAUAAAAAUAAAAUAAUUCACUUCUAGGAAUAUAAAUAUUAUUACCAAUUUAUUAAUAUUAUUAAUAAUAUAACGAAACUAUAAAAAAAAUUUUCCAAAAAAAAAAAAAAAAACAAAAAGGAAUUAUAAUAAAGAAGUAACACGAAAAAAUGUUUUGAAAAACUACGAUAAAAAUAAAUUGUCACAAUUAAAUUUGCAAAAGAAAUAUAAUUGAAAAAUUUUGAAAAGUCAAAAACCGGUGUAUAGAAAUCUUGCAAAAAAUUUACCUUUAGCCUUUCCAACAAGAAAAACAUUAUGUAAAACAAUAUAAGCAUUAAUGUAUAUUUAUUAACUUUUUAAUUUAAACAAAAAUCGUAAUUAGUAUAAAAUGAAAGAAUUCUCACACUCCUAUAAUCAUUAAGUAAUUAUUUUUCAAUUGAUUUAACUAAUAAUCCAUUGAAAUUGUCUCGUAAGCAGUUAAAUAAAAAUAUUUCAUAAAAUAUUUGUUAAUUAUUAAAUAAAUACAUAUUUGUCAGAGUAAAUAACAAAAAUUAUUUUCAAUAAUUUGAAAUAAUUUGCCAAUAAAAUUAUAACGCUUUUCUUUUAAUUGUUUAAUAUUUUAUCCCUAAUUUUAUAUAUUAAAAAAUUGAUGAAAAAUUUUAAUGGGCGAAAUUGUAUCGUAGUU